UUCCUAGUUAAAAUAAAAAUAAAAUCUAAUAAUAUACGGAUGCCAAAAACCCGGUAGAAUUUGUCUGAAGUACAAAUUCUACAAUGUUUCGGAGAAUAGAAAGUCUCAAUUAUAUAAACCCUAUAAAAAGCAAAAACCUAAGCUACACAUACAUUGACGUUACCUUUGCACAUUGCAGCGAGAGAAAUCUACCUUCUAACAACUCAUUGUGGGUAGUAAUUAUUCAUUCAUUAUUGCCAUCUAACACAUUAAGCAAAUCCAAUUAGCUAGUUCUCUUCCUUUUAGUAUAUGAUAACUAUAUUAUAUGUAAUAUUGAUACAAGAGAUGAAUAAAAACAUGAGUAUGUCUAUAGUACCAAUGAUGUCUAUAGUACCAAUGAUGUUGAUGAUAUCUUUAUUCAUUAAUUCACCAACCAAAGCAGAAGUACCACAGGACUUAUUCAUCCUAGCAGGGCAGAGCAACAUGGCAGGCCGCGGCGGUGUCGUAGGACGGAGUUGGGACGGGUUUGUACCACAUAUGUGCCAACCUAGCCCAAAUAUCCUCAGCCUCAGUGCACAGGAGUAUUGGGUGCCUGCACAUGAACCACUUCAUUCCGAUAUCGAUUUUAAAAAGACUUGUGGUGUAGGCCCUGGCAUGGCCUUUGCCAACUCUGUGCGAUCACUUGGUGGGUCAAAAAUUGGAGUCGUGGGUUUAGUACCGUGUGCAGUGGGCGGGACAAAGAUUAGUGAGUGGGCUAGAGGAAGUGUCUUGUACAAUCAGAUGGUAACACGAGCUAAAGUGGGAUUGCGAGAAGGUGGAAUAAUUCGUGCAGUGUUGUGGUAUCAAGGAGAGAGUGAUACUGUAAAUGUUGAGGAUGCUCGUGCUUAUAAAGGAAGGAUGGAGAAGUUGAUUGCUGACUUGCGUUCUGAUCUUGAUGACCCUUCUCUGUUAAUCAUACAGGUAGCAUUGGCAUCUGGAGAGGGUAAAUAUGUGGAUAUAGUAAGAGAAGCUCAACUUGGAAUCAAUUUGCCAAAUGUUAGAACUGUGGAUGCGAAGGGGCUACGAACAAAUAUCGAUCACUUACACCUUACAACUAUGGCAGAGGCCCAUCUUGGCAUGAUGUUGGCUCGUUCCUUUUUUGAUAUAUUCAAUAGGAGGGACAAAUAGUUCGUUGGUAUAGUUGCAUAAUAAUCCUGUUAGCAGAGUAUACUUUUUUUUGGCAGAAGCAAAGUAUACUUGAAGUUCAU